AUGACCAGAAGCGAUAGUGAUAGCGAUGAGAUAGACGCAAUUCCGAAAUCCGCCAUAAAACCGCCGCCGCCGAAGAAGAAGAAGGUGCGUAAGAGGGCACCGAAGAAGAGGAAGACGAGCAACGAUGACGACGAGGAGUAUCACGAGAAUCGCGCGAUGGUCAAGACGCUGAACGAGAAAUUCAAGUCGAAAAAAUUGAAAAAUGAUGAAGCGCCGACAUUUACUGUAAAACACGGGGUAGCCGAGUUUCGCAACUCGGAAAACCAUAACACAAUCGUCUCAAGAGCCUGUGAUUAUAAUAUUAAUCGUAUUUCUCAGUUUGAAGAGCAGUCCGACGCGUUCGAGACGCCAUAUGUAUGCAGUUUGUGCCAAUUGGGCGUUCAAUUCGACGAGCUCGGCGAUCUUUUUGGUCCCUACUAUGUGAAUUUGAAUUCCGCCAAAACGUGGCCCGCGUUUUUCGGGAAACGGCCCGCGAAGAAAUUGGUCCGUGUCGAAUUAUGGUUUCACGGCGAUUGUGCACUCUGGGCUCCCGGUGUGCACAUGAUUGCGAAUGAGCUUUCCAAUCUUGAGGUGUUAGUCGAAAAAUUCUGGUCAAAGAAAUGCGAGAAUUGCUCGCUGAUAGGCGCCACCAUUCAAACUCCCGCCCAUAAACCGCAUUUUUUGCAUUACAAAUGCGCUCUAAAUCGCAAAGAGUACAAAUUGGACUAUCAAUCCCUAACAUGUAAGCUGAAAUAA